AUGCAAUAUGGGAAAAUUGUGUCUACUAAGGCCAUCCUGGACAAGAACACAAACCAGUGCAAAGGUUAUGGUUUCGUGGACUUUGACUGUCCGGCAGCAGCACUGAAGGCUGUUUCGUCUCUGAAGGCCACCGGUGUGCAGGCGCAGAUGGCAAAGCAGCAGGAGCAGGACCCCACUAACCUGUACCUGUCUAAUCUGGCCGUCUCUGUGGAUGAACAGGAGCUGGAGGCGCUGCUUAGACCCUUCGGUCAUGUGAUCUCCACGCGGAUAUUACGGGACGCCAGCGGCAUGAGCAGAGGUGUCGGCUUCGCCAGGAUGGAGUCCACAGAGAAAUGUGAAGUUGUUAUACAACAUUUCAAUGGAAAAUAUCUCAAGACUCCAGCAGGAAUCCCAGGUCCGUCUGAACCGCUGCUGUGCAAGUUUGCUGACGGCGGUCAGAAGAAGAGACAAACUCAGAGUAAAUAUCUACAGAACAGCCGAGCAUGGAGGGAAGGAGAGAUGGGAAUGACACUCACAUACGACCCUGCCGUCAUGCAGAAUGGGUUCUACUCUUCUCCGUACAGCAUCACUGCUAAUCGGAUGAUCGCGCAGGCGUCCAUCACUCCGUUCAUCACUGCUUCACCCGUCUCUGCAUAUCAGGUUCAGAGCUCAGCGUGGAUGCCGCCGCAGCAGUUUUUGAUGCAGCCGACAGUUCAGAGCUCAGCGUGGAUGCCGCCGCAGCAGUUUUUGAUGCAGCCGACAGGAGCGGUCAUCAGUCCAGCUCUAGAUCACAGUGCUGCAUCAGUGCCUCCAGCGGCCAUAAUGACUCCACUAACACAACAGAUGAGUCAGCUGACACUGGGAUCUUCUGCUAAUUAUAUAACGGCUCCGGCUCCUGUGGCCCCUAUGCAAGGAACAUUCAUCCAUCAGUUAACACCGGGCCCUCCGUCAGCACUUCCUGUAGAGACGGUGGCUCCCUCUUCACAGGACGUCCAUUUAACACAGCAACAGAUCGCCAUGGAAACCAGUGACUAUAUUCAACCCUGCUCCUACCAGAUCAAAUAGCAUCCUGAAGAGGUGAAUGUACGUCAGCGUUGCCUUCUGAUGGAGAUCAGACGCUCUGCACUGAAAAUACAGACACAUGAUGAACAUCCAGGUGACCUCAGCACCAAAAACACUGACUUGACUUAUUUCCCAGCUGGACUGAAGGACCCCGCAGGGCCGCUUCAUGAGAUCAUGAGCUUUAUUUCACGAUUUUUUAUGUCUGCUGGACUGAAUCUUCUUCAGAGAGUUCAUAAAUAUGAAAACAC